GGUCCAUAAUGCUCCACACGUGUGCACAACACCAGCCAUCCACGUGUAACCUCAAGAUUCACAAAUCCUAUAUAGCCCCCACGAUCAUCUAAACCCACACGAGUACACACCUCUGUAUCUAUAUGUCUAUAUAUAUCUCACAACUCCCAAUGCUGUGCUCCUCAACUCGCAUUAUACUACGAAAAAAUCAAAUCUUGGGACCCAUUUCUGCGUUCUUGUUGUUGACAAACCAGUUUUCAAACAAUUCUAAGCAAACCCAUUUGCGUUUUUCGCAUCGUUCUUCUGUUUCUUUGUUCUCUAAGCCAAUCCGAACAGAGUUCUCGAGGCCCUUGUUGUUUGAUUUUCGAUCGGUUCGUGCAAUGGCUAGCCAAUCCCAGACAGAAUCUGUCCACAACUUCAUCGUCAAGGAUGCUAAGGGAAACGAUGUUGAUCUCAGCAAGUACAAGGGGAAGGUCCUCUUGAUUGUCAAUGUUGCAUCACAAUGUGGCUUGACUAAUUCAAACUACACUGAGCUGAAUCAAGUGUAUGAGAAAUACAAAGAUCAAGGACUGGAGAUUCUGGCAUUCCCAUGCAAUCAGUUUGGAGCUCAGGAGCCAGGGAGCAAUGAGCAGAUCUUAGAGUUUGCUUGCACCCGCUUUAAAGCAGAAUUUCCUAUAUUUGAUAAGGUGGAUGUGAAUGGUAAUAAUGCCGCCCCAUUGUACAAGUUCCUGAAGUCGAGCAAAGGUGGCAUAUUUGGAGACAGUAUUAAGUGGAAUUUUUCAAAAUUCCUGGUUGAUAAAGACGGGAAUGUCAUUGACCGUUAUGCCCCCACUACUUCCCCACUGAGCAUUGAGAAGGACGUAAAGAAGGCACUGGGGAUCGCUUGAGCUCUGCAAACUGCUUCUUCAGUUCUUAGUAAUAAAUGAUGAUGUUGACUAUGAAUAAGCAUCGAUAUGUAAAUGCUUCCUGUAUUUUUAGCUUCACUCAUCGACAUGUAUUCAAGCUGUUGUUUUUAUUUUUGUUUAUGAUUGAAACCAUAACUGGUUCAAUAAAUUGAGAUUUUACUAUCCUAGUGGUAAAGGAUCAGAGUACUUGAUCUAUGUUCAAACCUUGUAGGCAGUGGCAUUGAGAAUCUUAUUUCACAUGCCAGUUACAUGGAUUGAGACCUCCAAACAUGGGGCUGGUUGAGAAUGUGAAUUGCAUCUUAUAACUUACAGGUUUA